GGGAGGGUUGCGAUUCAAACGCGGGCGGCGGCCCGCAGCCCCGCAGUUUGCCCUUUCGUCUUCACACUCCUGUUCAGGUCCUAGCGUCUCGGGAUGGCCUCGCAGAACCGCGACCCAGCUGCCGCCAGCGUCGCCGCCGUUCGCAAGGGAGCCGAGCCCAGCGGGGGCGCCGCCCGGGGCCCUGUGGGCAAGAGCCUGGGCCUGACUAUAGUACGAGGGCAGGUGCUCACCCAGUGGUCCCUUUUGCUGUGGCUGAAAGUGUUUUCUUCCCCCCAGAUGUCUGGUGACAAAGGGAUUUCCGCCUUCCCUGAAUCAGACAACCUGUUCAAAUGGGUAGGGACCAUCCAUGGAGCAGCCGGCACAGUAUAUGAAGACCUGAGGUAUAAGCUCUCACUGGAGUUCCCCAGCGGCUACCCGUACAAUGCACCCACAGUCAAGUUCCUCACGCCCUGCUACCACCCCAAUGUAGACACCCAGGGUAACAUCUGCCUGGACAUCCUCAAGGACAAGUGGUCCGCACUCUAUGACGUCAGAACCAUUUUGCUCUCUAUCCAGAGCCUGCUAGGAGAACCCAACAUCGAUAGCCCUUUGAACACACAUGCUGCUGAGCUCUGGAAAAACCCCACAGCAUUUAAGAAGUACCUGCAAGAAACGUAUUCAAAGCAGGUCUCCAGUCAAGAUCCCUGACGCAAGAUGUCCAGCUUCUCUCGUGUGUCGUCUUUUUCCUUAAGUGGUCUGUCCUUUCCUUGAUUUCUAAGCUGUGCUGUUAUUUUUGUUUUAUUCGUUUUUUUUGUUUCUUGUUUUUUUUUUUUUUAAAUUAAGUCUGCUUGAGCCCUUGCAAUGUAUAUUAAAUAAAUACAUAUUCGUUGUUUUUGUAUAAA